UUCCCUCCCUCCCUGAUCACCUGGCUGCUGAGAAGGGAACCUGAUUUCUCCAGAGCUUGUUUGAAACGUCUCAGGAAGUUCCUACACUUUUUUUUUAUUUUUUUUAUUUUUCAUUUUUAACAUUUUAUUUCUGUGCCAAUUUUUCAACUGUUGCUGCAAUGUGUCUGUGGUGCUGAUCGCUCCCUAGCAGUGACAGCCCUCCGCCCCCCCCACUCAGCCCCCCUUCUCCCGUGCCCCCCCCUCCAGUUCCCAUCCUGGUCUUUUCCUCCACCACCACCCUUCCCUUCCAAACGCCGUCAUGGACGCCCAGUCUGGAGUAGCAGUGGCGGCUGCCAGCGGAGCCUCACACGGAGCAGACACAAACCCGCCUGGGUUGAUGGACGUCUGCACUCCAGCUGCCUGCGUGAGCCAUGGCCAGCAACGUCACCAACAAAACAGACCCCCGCUCCCUGAACUCUCGCGUCUUCAUUGGCAACCUCAACACACUGGUGGUGAAGAAGUCCGACGUGGAGGUCAUCUUCUCCAAGUACGGCAAGAUCGUUGGCUGCUCUGUGCACAAGGGCUUUGCCUUCGUGCAGUACGUGAACGAGCGCAAUGCUCGCGCGGCUGUGGCCGGAGAAGACGGCCGGAUGAUUGCAGGCCAGGUCCUAGAUAUUAACCUGGCCGCGGAGCCGAAGUUGAACCGGGGCAAAGCCGGGGUGAAGAGAUCGGCCACAGAGAUGUACGGGUCAGUAGCAGCACCACCUUCUCCGUCCCCUCUAGUCAGGUCCUCUUUCGACCUGGAUUACGACUUCCAACGUGAAUACUACGACAGGAUGUACAGUUACCAGGCCCGGGUUCCACCUCCACCUCCCAUUGCCAGGGCAGUGGUCCCCUCCAAACGCCAGCGGGUCUCUGGCAAUACCUCCCGCCGGGGCAAGAGCGGAUUCAACUCCAAGAGCGGGCAGCGGGGAUCGUCCUCCAAGUCUGGAAAGUUGAAAGGAGAUGACCUGCAGACCAUCAAGAAGGAGCUGACCCAGAUCAAGCAGAAAGUGGAUUCCCUGCUGGAGAGCCUGGAGAAAAUCGAGAAGGAUCAAAAACUGAAGAACGACAAGUCGGAGGAGGAGCAGAGCACCAUCUCGCUAAAGAAAGAAGAGAGCAACGUCAGGAUGGAGUCUGAGGCCGGAGCGGACGACUCGGCUGAGGAAGGGGACCUGCUGGACGAUGACGACAACGAAGACCGGGGGGAUGACCAGGUACAAAGCUCGCGGAGGAAGCGAGCCUGGAGCGAGGAGUCCGGCUCUCCCCGCCAGCUAACCAGCCCCGUCUGCCUGUCCCCUUCUCUCUCUCAGCUGGAGUCCAUCAAGGGGGACGACAAGGAGCCGGAAGAGGAAGGCGAAGACGACAGAGACAGCGCCAAUGGCGAAGACGACUCCUAAGAGCCCGGCCACACCGCUCCUCCUCCGCCUCCGCCGCCCCCGGCGAACACAACGUUCUUCUGAUAUUGAGCCUCUUCACCAGCCCCCCUUGCUGGCGGCCUCCUCACUGCUCUCCUCCCCGCCCACCAGCCCCUCGGCCCCGCGUGUUC